AGGGGGUCGCCGGUAAGGGCGGCGGUUGGUCGUCGCCUACUUCUCCCGCGGAGUCAGGGGAGUCUUUCUCUCCCCUCCGUUUCCUCUCUCAUUCCUUCCCUCUUUCUCCACCCCUUCUCCAGUGUUGCCCUUCGAGAAGCCCUAGCAAGAAAGAGAGGUAGACGAAAAGGAAGAUGUCGGAGAUCGUGAAAGAAGCGUGGAGAAAGUACUUGAUCCAGUUGCAGGCGCAUCCUCUCAGAACGAAGGCAGUGACAGCGGGUGUUUUGGCUGGAUUUAGUGAUGCUGUAGCACAAAAAAUUUCUGGAAUUCAAAAGAUUCAGCUACGGAGGUUGCUUCUUAUCAUGCUGUAUGGCUUUGCCUAUGGAGGGCCAUUUGGUCACUUUCUGCACAAGCUGAUCGAUGCUAUUUUCGGAAGGAGAAAAGACAACAAAACUGUGCUUAAGAAGGUGAUAUUGGAACAACUGACAUCUUCACCUUGGAACAACUUUGUCUUCAUGAUGUACUACGGCUUGGUCGUUGAAGGAAGACCAUGGAGUCUGGUGACGAGUAAAGUUAGACGCGAUUAUCCCUCUAUACAGUUGACUGCUUGGAGGUUUUGGCCGAUCGUCGGUUGGGUGAACUAUCAGUAUAUGCCAUUGCAGUUCCGUGUCCUCUUUCACAGCUUUGUUGCAUCCUGUUGGGGAAUAUAUCUAAACCUCCGUGCCAGGUCUCUGGUCAUCAAGCAAGCCUGAGGGAGGAGGAGUUGCAGCGAAAGCUGAAGUUUGGGCAGUUCCAGCUACUCUGAUUUCCCGUCUCAUACUAGAUAUGGGUGAGAGUGAAUUUUUGGUACGCCGCCUCCUCCUCUGUAACACUCAGCUUGAAGAUUGGAUAUCGACUGUAAUAAGAUAUUAUCUAACAGUAUGGAAUAUUGCUAUGGUUGUUUUCGUA